AUGAGGCCAGCCUCAACAAUGCCAGGUGAUGACCACUCCAAACACUUCAGGAGAGAACUGUUAAACUAUCAUCAUCUUGAAGGUAAUAUUAGGAUGUUAAAUGAUGUUAAUUUUUUUGUUCAUUUUUAAAUGAGUCCCAAACUUGUAUGCCUCGGAAAGCUUUCCAGAGGGCCAUGAUAUUUUUAAAAAUCAUUCCUCUGUCCUUCUCAGGACAAAGAGCUGUAGUUGAUUGAUGUUGUGUAUCUUUUAGCUCUGAAAGGCUCCUAUGGUGAUCACUCAUCUCAUUCAUCCAUGGAAUAUAGACAGUUUCCUUUCCCUUCAACCUCAGUGUCUCAAGACAACCUUUUUCAAGAGAAAAGCCACUCUCAAAGUUAGUGAAAUUUAUCGUGAAGUGUUAUUACUAUAGUGGCCGAGAGCUGCCACUCAAAAUUUUACAAUUUUUCAAAGAUUUAAUAAAAAAUAAAAGAAAAAAUAAAUCAAAACUGAAAGUAAAAUGGAAAGUGACUGCAAAACAAAGGAAAAAGAAUAAUUGAAAGUAAAAUGAAAUAGCAAGCAAAUUUAAAAGCAAAAGUAAUUGCAUUAUCAAAGUGAAAAUCAUUUCAAAAUUAAACUGAAAUCCAAGGGCAAUUCACGGCGAAAUAAAAAAUUAAACUCAACAUCAAAUCAAAACGAAAGUCUAAUUGAAUAUCGCUGUGGCCGAGGGCUGCCACUUCCAUGAUACUGUGCGGGCGUGAUUGCAUGUCCCAUCGUGCGUUGUGUCCAUUUACUCAAGUUGUGAAGUUGUUUUGAUCUUGAGUGAUUUAGAAGAGUUUUUUAGUAUUUUGAUGUCAGAUUUCGGAGAGGCCUUGUGAGAAAAUAAUGCCGAUCUUAAAGAGGCUUUGCUGAAAUAUGUCGGGUAAGGAUUACAAAGAUGAGAGAUGUUAGAUUUCCUUAAGUCCCAAUGGACUCAGUAUGAUCUAUUGAUGUCUUGGAAGGAAAAUAAACAAACAGACCAUUAACUAAAUGAAUUGUCAGUUACGAAAUACUUGAUGUUCAAAGAAGCUUAUUCUAAUUGGUUAAUUUGUUAUUGCGCACCGUUAGGCUUAGGAAGCAGACCCGUUAUUGCAACUGGAGAUAAGAGGCCAGCCUCUAUUGUGUUAGGUGAUCACUAUUCUAAACAAUUCAGGGGAGAACUGAUAAACCGUCAUCACCAUGAAGGUAAUAUUAAAUUGUUAAAUGAUGUCAAUUUUCUUAUUUCAAACUUGCAUGGCUUGGAAAGCUUACUAGUGAGCCAUGUAAUGCUGCAAGACCAGUAGUUACAAGUCACAACCAUGUUUCUUCUCUAGACUAAGUACUUUUUGAUCGAGUGGGCCAUGGAUAUUCUUGGUUUUUUUGUCUAGUGACUUAUACCGCCGCUCUGUCUCUUGCAUGAGCGGGCUCCUAUUUACAGGGCGAGAACUGGUAAAUGGAGUUUUUACCAUGCCGAUGUUAUCACAGAAGUAUGUUACGUGAUGAAAUAAUUAUUAUAGGCAAAAGUGAUAAUUAUUAAGUUAACACAGCAGAUUUUAAUUUAUCUCUCUAGAUUACCCUGAGGAACUUGUAGAGCUGAUUAGACGAGAGCACAAGGGAGCAAUAUUGUGUCCCUUCCCUUGGUGUGAGGAUGAAUUGCAAUUCGAACUCUCUGAGAUAUUUACAAGACUGACGAUCGUUGGCCGGAAGAAAGAACGAGCGAAGUUGACAAAUAACUCCGUCAAAAUGACUGAUGUCUUUGGACCAUAUAAAAAAUGCAAAUGUGAAUGUAAAUGUAAAUGUGAACGUGAAAAACCAAGAGUGGUGUUGAUCGAGGGGCCACCUGGGAUGGGCAAAACCACUUAUUGUCAGAAGCUUGCAUAUGAUUGGUCUGUGGGGGACAUUACAACCGAAUCUUUUCCUAAAGUGGACAUGCUUCUUCGGCUGACGUGUCGUGACAUGAAGAGUGCUAACAUUGAGGACGCUAUUGAAGAUCAGCUAUUACCAACUGAUGUAAACAAGAAAGACAAGGAAACUUUUUUCCAUUUCAUUCGUCGCUAUCAAUCUAGAAUCUUGCUGGUGCUUGACGGAUUGGAUGAAUUACCGAAGAACCUUUUUAAAGAAUUUUUGCCUUUGAUCAAAGGAAGAGUUUUUCCUUUAACCUAUCUCAUUAUAACGGCUCGACACGAAGCAGGGAUGAAAGUUCGGCGACACUGUGACGCGCUGUUUGAGAUUUUAGGCUACACCAAAGAAGAUGCAGACAGUUACAUCAAGAAGUAUUUCAGCUGUCACGACAAAUCAAGGCUUGCUGGGAAACUAAUCAGGGCAAUAGACAUCGACUCACAGCUCAGGGAAUUGACUGCCAAUGCACUGAACACAGCUCUUCUGUGUCUUGUUUUUGAAGAUACAGGCGGAAGAUUGCCUUACAACAAAACCAUGUUGUAUUGUGAACUUGUUGAUUGUGUUCUGAGAAGAUAUUGUUCAAAGAAAGAAAUCCCUUUGGACGACAAACGUCCCAUAGAAAUAUAUGCGGACCAGUUGAAUCAGUUGGGCAAAUUGGCUCUUGAAGCUCUGCUAAAAGAUCAAUUAGCUUUCACUCUAGGGGAGCUUAAAAGUCAGUCAAACGAAUUCCUUGAGCUUGGAUUUCUUUCUCGAGAGGCCAGUGCAAGUAAAAUCAAACCGAAGCCAACUUAUGCAUUUAUCCACAAGACUUUUCAGGAAUUCUUUGCCGCAUUCCAUCUGGCGCUUGAAUUGGUAACUGCUGACAGGGACCAGACGGCCUUGCUGACUCAGCUUAGUCCUGUUAAUAAGUACUGGCAGGUGUGGAAGUUUUUGAUCACAAUUGCAGCAGGGAAAAGUGACAAUACUGCUAUUUUCGUGGUUUCGAGACUAUGCACUUCUUUUCGGAAUCUAAAACAUAGAAAAAGGGUGAAACGUUGGUAUAGAAAACAACCCUCAGAGUCAAGCGACUCUGAAGACGACUCUAAAGACGACUCUGAAGGCUACUCUGAAGACGACUCUAAAGACGACUCUGAAGGCUACUCUGAAGACGACUCUAAAGGUGAUCCUUACGCGGAGGAAGAAGACAAAUCGUGUAGAGGGGUGUUCUCCAGACUUUUCACUGACUAUGAUGACGAAGUCUGUGAAGAUAUUAAACAUGAAUAUGAUUGGCGGUUACCAUCUGCAGAAACUAACGAGGUUUCAUUUUUAGAGGAAACAAUUGAUACUAUUGCUCAAUGUGAACAACGUAAUAAUAAACUUAGUUCCUGCCAGAUUAAAAUGGCCAGUACGCUAGCACGUUGUUUUCCCAUGGAUAAAGUGAUAGUGAAGAGAAGUUAUUAUCUCCACACUAGGGAUGAAAUAAUAGUGGAUAUAUCGUAUAAUCGCGCUACCUUGGACUCUCAAUUUCCCCUCGUUUUUUCUGAAUAUCUUAAAGGCAACUACAAACUGAAAGAAUUAGUUUGGGACAGGGAUGCUCUGCAAACAAGUCGUUUUCUGACACCCUUACAUUUGACGACCGACCAGUUCAUCACAUUACUAGCUCCUGCUCUCCAGGCGAAUCACACGGUAACACAUUUAAAUAUGCGUGAAGUCGGAGUCGGUGAUGUGGAAGCGAAAGCACUCGGAAAAAUUCUCCAGUCAAAUCACACUUUGACUCAUCUGUGUUUGGCUGUCAAUGAGAUAACACCUAUCGGAGUUGAAGCUUUAGCAGACGCUUUAAGGUCCAAUAAAAUAUUGGAGGACUUGAAUAUCGGAGAUAACGUCAUUGGUGAUAAGGGGGCCGAAGCACUCGGAAAAGUUCUCCAGUCAAAUCAGACUUUGACUCAUCUGUGCUUAGCUGAUAAUAAGAUAACACCUAUUGGAGUUAAAGCUUUAGCAGAAGCCUUGAAGUCCAAUGAAAUAUUGGAGAACUUGAAUAUCGGAAAUAACGAUAUUGGUGAUGAGGGAGCCAAAGCACUUGGAAAAGUUCUCCAGUCAAAUCACACUUUGACUCAUUUGUACAUAGCUUAUAAUCGGAUAACACAUAUUGGAGUUGAAGCUUUGGCAGAAGCUCUAAGGUCCAACAAGAUAUUGGAGAACUUGAAUAUCGGAAAUAACUACAUUGGUGAUAAGGGAGCCGAAGCAAUUUCUCAAGUCUUGGAGUCUAAUCGAACCCUAAGGGAACUGAAUGUAGAUAUUAGAGCACACGCCUUUUGCCCACCGCAUCGCCAAAUUGGUGAUCAAGGCGUAAGAGCUAUAGCACACGCUCUCCGAUAUAAUAGUUCACUGACUCACCUAAGUAUUUGCGGAAAAACUCUUAGCGACCUGUCAUUCGCAGCGCUUGGAGAAGCCCUUCAGUCAAACUGUUCUCUGACUCAUUUAUACCUGCGGGGUUUUGAGACUAGCCUUGUCAGACAUCACUUAAUUGAUGGUUUAUCAUUAGAAACCUUUUCAAAGGCUCUUCAGUCACGCGGCACUCAGAUGACCCAUUUAGAUCUAGGUAACCUCUCAAUUAGCUCAUCAUGUGUAAUACCCCUAGCAAAGGCUCUCAGCGUCAAUGGCACUCUAAAACGGUUAGAUUUGAGUAAUAACGAAAUUGACUGUCCAGGCGCAGUAACUCUAGCACAGGCACUGAACACAAAUCAAAGCCUGAUUCAAUUGCGGCUGGGAAACAACAAAAUCGGUGAUGUCGGAGCUAAAGAAUUUGUAGAGGUUCUCCAGUGCAAUAAGACUUUGAUGUUUCUUGGCUUGAUGAACAAUCGGAUGACUAAGUCAGGACAAGACCUCUUCAAGGUUUUGAGUGGCCGAUUGGAAUCGGACAGUUUAUAUUUCUGUAGCAGUGGCCUAAACUGGAUAAGGAGUUAA